UAUUGGCGAUUAGAUAGAAAGACUUUGUUAGAAUAUUUCCUAGAAGGAAUGUAAACAAAAUCUCUUAAGAUAAUCAUUCUAAAUAGCUUUUGUAUUCUCUGUGCUUUUUAAGUGACUUUUUUUUUUUAGUCUGUGUACGGCAAUCACUUCACUUAUUCAAUUAUCAUUUAAAUUAGGUCAGCAUUAUACAAAAUCAUGCAGCUUCGCCGUGCCACAAUGGAAGAUGUGUACGAGAUACAACAGUGUAAUCUCCUAUGUCUGCCCGAAAACUACAACCUUCGGUACUACUACUAUCACAUUCUCUCAUGGCCGCAGCUACUAUAUGUACAACAAAGCUACAAUCGCGAUACGGUCGGCUACGUCCUGGGAAAAAUAGACGAGGAGGAAGAUAAAAACAAGAAGCAUGGUCAUAUCACCUCCUUGGCAGUCUUGCGUACCCAUCGUAAAAUGGGUAUUGCCAGCCGGGUGAUGAGAGCAACCAUGAGGGAAAUGGAUGAGGAAUAUAGUGCUCCAUUCUGCUCGCUGCACGUGCGCAAGUCUAAUGACGCUGCCCUGCACCUUUACCAAGACACGCUAAACUUCCGCUGCGCCGGUGUAGAGGAGAAAUAUUAUGUUGAUGACGAAGAUGCUUAUCACAUGAAAUACUUCUUUAAUCAAAACAACCCUGGAGCUUUUGUGGAUGAACACAAGCAAAUGAUCCAUAAACCCGUUCCUGGUGUGGAGAACAAAAUGGGCAACAAUUUGACUAGUAUUUGUGAUUCAACCCGACACGAAGGCAAAGUUUCCAACGCUAGCACACAGAAGAACAUGAAGAAUCUUCUGGUGGAAAAAAAACAAAUGGAAAUGGCCAAGCUGCUGGAGGAACUAGAUGAAGACGGGAAAAGGGGAAAUAAAAAGAGUGGAAAUGAUAGUAAAGGUAUUAAGAGUAAUAAUAAACACUCUUCACACCAGCAUUCCACUAUAGGUGGAAAUAAAAAAACAAAAAAUAAACUGAACGUCUAGGCUGAACAUGACAUUUUGAAAUUGUUUUAAGAGUACCAUUUAAUCCAAGUUAUAAGCCUCUUACCAUUCAACGUAUAAAUGCCUUUCAAAAUCCUUAAGUUGUUGUUGCUAUU